AUGGCGACCGUGAAAUGCUCGGCACCUCCCUUCUCCAUCCAGCUCCUCGGGCAACACGCCGUCGCGGGCCAAGGCGAGCACGACCGGCUCCUGACGCUGUUGCCCGCACUAUAUCGCAAAGAGUCUGGUGACUUGGCCGCUGUCGGCCAGCAUGUCAUGGCCUGUGUCGAGGAAGAGCUCGACCUGCGGAGGCUCGCUAGCAUCCACGGCUGGCUCUGGGUCGCGGGUCUGCCCUUGCCGCCGCGUGCUCUGCACCAUCAGCUCUUGCUAGGGCGGGAGAUAUUCGUCACGGAGCGGAUGGACAUGCACCUCGUCUGGACAGCCGGCAGGAUAUUUCUCAAGCCGAUCCCCCGCUUCCUCCUGGACCGAGCCUUCUGGGCUCAAUACCUCUGCUGCGGCAAAUGCCGGUGCUCACCUGACACGAGCAGUGCCACCCAGACGGAAUGCAGGCUUCCAGGCCUCCGCCAACGGGCGCUUGGCUUCCUUUUCUCCUACGCCGCGCUCCUUUUGCACGAAAGCGAUUUCCGUAUCGCCCAAGACAAGCAUCUAGUGCCGCCAGAAGUGACAUGGUACGGAUGGCGGAUGCUCGUCGGGCAGCUGGACACUGAACAUAUCUACCCCCGCAUCGACCCGCGUUUCGUCCACGGUGAGCUACGUCUGAGUCGUCUAAACAAGAUAUACGCCCUGGCACGGACGCCGAUGCGCGGGUACAUAGCUCGAUGGGAUCGGUAUGGCGCCUUCUUCCACGACCACUUUGCUUGGCUGGCCAGCGCGACAGUGUAUAUCGCCAUUGUCCUGACUGCCAUGCAGGUCGGGCUGGCGACCGAAUCCCUCGGCCACAAUGAUGCGUUCCAGUCUGCGGCAUACGGUUUCACGGUGUUUUCCAUCCUCGGGCCGCUCACAGCCGCCUCAGUCAUUAUACUUCGAUUCUCUGGCAUCUUUACCUGGAACUGGGUAAAGGCUGUCCAUCGUAAAAGGACACGUUACUCCAAGCUGCGCCUCACAUCAGUUUAA